AUCAAUCGUUGGAGUAAUAAACAAGUAUCUAUGCAUUCGUUUCCCGAAAGUAGAACUAAUCCUCCCAUUGCGUAUUGGUACUUAUCGGGUAUAGAAUAGAUCUGCUUCUCUUUGUUCUUACGAACAGAAUUGUUCCAUUAUUUUCAAUGGAACGGAAUAAAAAUUAACCCUUUCUCAUACGGAAUCUACUGAAAAGGUUAGAUACAUAGUAUAGUCUUUUCCAAUGCGAUAAAAUAAAGUGACAUAGUGUCUAUUUUUCUUUGAUAAAGGGGUAUUUCCAUGGGUUUGCCUUGGUAUCGUGUUCAUACUGUCGUAUUGAAUGAUCCCGGUCGAUUGCUUUCUGUCCAUAUAAUGCAUACAGCCCUAGUUGCUGGUUGGGCCGGUUCGAUGGCUUUAUACGAAUUAGCGGUUUUUGAUCCCUCUGACCCCGCUCUUGAUCCAAUGUGGAGACAAGGUAUGUUCGUUAUACCCUUCAUGACUCGUUUAGGAAUAACCAAUUCGUGGGGUGGUUGGAGUAUUUCAGGAGGAACUGUAACGAAUCCCGGUAUUUGGAGUUAUGAAGGUGUGGCAGGGGCACAUAUUGUGUUUUCUGGCUUGUGCUUCUUGGCAGCUAUCUGGCAUUGGGUGUAUUGGGACCUAGAAAUAUUCUGUGAUGAACGUACGGGCAAACCAUCUUUGGAUUUGCCUAAGAUCUUUGGAAUUCAUUUAUUUCUCUCAGGGUUGGCUUGCUUUGGCUUUGGCGCAUUUCAUGUAACAGGUUUGUAUGGUCCUGGAAUAUGGGUGUCCGAUCCUUAUGGACUAACUGGAAAAGUACAACCCGUAAGUCCAGCGUGGGGCGCAGAAGGCUUUGAUCCUUUUGUUCCCGGAGGAAUAGCCUCUCAUCAUAUUGCAGCGGGUACAUUGGGCAUAUUAGCAGGCUUAUUCCAUCUUAGUGUCCGUCCGCCUCAACGUCUAUACAAAGGAUUACGUAUGGGCAAUAUUGAAACUGUACUUUCCAGUAGUAUCGCUGCUGUUUUUUUUGCAGCUUUCGUUGUUGCUGGAACUAUGUGGUAUGGUUCAGCAACUACCCCAAUCGAAUUAUUUGGUCCCACUCGUUAUCAGUGGGAUCAGGGAUACUUUCAGCAAGAAAUAUAUCGAAGAGUUAGCGCCGGACUAGCCCAAAAUCUGAGUUUAUCGGAAGCUUGGUCUAAAAUUCCCGAAAAAUUAGCUUUUUAUGAUUACAUUGGUAAUAAUCCAGCAAAAGGGGGAUUAUUCAGAGCAGGGUCAAUGGACAACGGGGAUGGAAUAGCUGUUGGGUGGUUAGGACACCCCGUCUUUAGAGAUAAAGAAGGGCGCGAGCUUUUUGUACGUCGUAUGCCUACCUUUUUUGAAACAUUUCCGGUAGUUUUGGUAGAUGGAGACGGAAUUGUUAGAGCCGAUGUUCCUUUUAGAAGGGCAGAAUCAAAGUAUAGUGUUGAACAAGUAGGUGUAACUGUUGAGUUCUAUGGUGGCGAACUCAAUGGAGUCAGUUAUAGUGAUCCUGCGACUGUAAAAAAAUAUGCUAGACGUGCCCAAUUAGGUGAAAUUUUUGAAUUAGAUCGGGCUACUUUGAAAUCUGAUGGCGUUUUUCGUAGCAGUCCAAGGGGUUGGUUCACUUUUGGCCAUGCUACGUUUGCUUUGCUCUUCUUUUUCGGACACAUUUGGCAUGGCGCUAGAACCUUGUUCAGAGAUGUUUUUGCUGGCAUUGAUCCAGAUUUGGAUGCUCAAGUGGAAUUUGGAGCAUUCCAAAAACUUGGGGAUCCAACUACAAAGAGACAAGUAGUCUGAUACAACAUUGCUCUGGUAUCUUUCGCCUCUUUUUUUGAUUUGACAUAGGGUUAGGGUACUGAAGAAAUCUUGACUUGAAUCACCAUCUUUUCUUUGACUCUUUCCUUUUCUUUAUAUGGUAAAUGAUGCCAAAUGAAUAGGUGUGGAAGCUAUAAUUGUAAACCACGAUCGAAUCUAUGGAAGCAUUGGUUUAUACAUUCCUUUUAGUCUCGACUUUAGGGAUAAUUUUUUUCGCUAUCUUUUUUCGAGAACCGCCUAAGGUUCCAACUAAAAAAUGAAAUAAUUUUUCAUUAUCUCAGUUGAAGUAAUGAGUCUCCCCAUAUGGGAGGCUCAUUACUUCAACUAGUCCCCGUGUUCUUCGAAUGGAUCUCUUAGUUGUUGUGAGGGUUGCCCAAAAGCGGUAUAUAAGGCGUACCCAGUAAAGCUUACAAGUAAACCAGAUAUGAAGAUGGCGACUAGGGUUGCUGUUUCCAUUUUUAGACAAUUUCAAGAUCACAAUGGAUCUACGAUAAGAUCGUUUAUUUACAACUACAACGGAAUGGUAUACAAAGUCAACAGAUCUCAACCAAUGAUUAAAUAGGAUUUAUGGCUACACAAACCGUUGAGGAUAGUUCUAGAUCUGGGCCAAGACAAACUACUGUAGGGAAUUUAUUGAAACCAUUGAAUUCGGAAUAUGGUAAAGUAGCUCCGGGCUGGGGGACUACACCAUUAAUGGGAGUCGCAAUGGCCCUAUUUACGGUAUUCCUAUCUAUUAUUUUGGAAAUUUAUAAUUCUUCCGUUUUACUGGAUGGAAUUACAAUGAGUUAAGUUUAUAAGAACUUUGAAGUCCUAGUUUUCAAUCAAAAAAAUUACUUUACUUAAAACUCGGAUUUCUAGACCAUUCUGGUAGUUCGACCGUGGAAUUUAUUUGUUUCGGUAUCUCCGGAAUAUGAGUGUGUGACUUGUUAUAAUUGAUCCUAUUGAUAAUACAGAGAAUGGUCCUGUUAUCUCUAUCGAGAUGAUUCUAUUUCGUCGGAUAGUUAUUCUAGUAUCUGGAGCACGGAAUAUAUAUAGAAUAUAGAAUAGAUUAAUAAAAGAAAUAUUAAAACUAUGAUUCAUACCUACUAUUCAGACCUCGCAACCGGACUCAGAAAUUUUCAAAUAGAUAUUUCCUAAAUCAAACGAUUUUUCUUCCUUCGGACUUAUUUUUUUCUUGACCGAAGGACAACUCUUUUUCUAGAUUUUGUUGAGUCAUUACAUUCAUCGAAUAAGUGAUCAUCAAAGGGUUCUUACUCAGAGAACCUUUGAGUUUAGCUUGAGGCUUUGCUUUAUUAAAUUAAAUCAUCGUGGUUCUAGUAUGAAUCUGGGGUUUCAAUUGAUUCAUAGGGUCUCAACAAGCAAAUUCCUAUCAAUAGUAAAACAAGAAUCAAUCCGCAUUACACAAAAAAACAAGAAAUAAAAUAACAAAUAAAAAAAUAGGGAAGAGAAGAUUCAAAAGGCCUGUAAUGAUCAACAUCAAAAGAGACAGAUGAGCCAACUUGAUAUUUUGAGGCAUUAUCAUACAAAGAAGAAAUUUCUUAUUUUUGUUACUUCGUAUCUUCGGGUCGGGGCAAAUCAAGCGGCUAAGCUAAGAAGUUUUUAACUUUCUAUUACAUAUCCGUUGAAAUCAGCAUUUGUGUGUUUCUGCUUGAGCCGUACGAGAUGAAAUUUUCAUAUACGGUUCUCAGAGGGGGAGUCCCUUGGCCUUGGUUACCUAUCUCAAUAAAGUAUAUGAUUGGUUUGAGGAACGUCUUGAGAUUCAGGCGAUUGCAGAUGAUAUAACUAGUAAAUAUGUUCCUCCUCAUGUCAACAUAUUUUAUUGUUUAGGGGGGAUCACACUUACUUGUUUUUUAGUACAAGUAGCUACAGGUUUUGCUAUGACUUUUUACUACCGUCCAACCGUUACAGAGGCUUUUUCCUCUGUUCAAUACAUAAUGACCGAGGCCAACUUUGGUUGGUUAAUCCGAUCAGUUCAUCGAUGGUCAGCAAGUAUGAUGGUUCUAAUGAUGAUCUUGCACGUAUUUCGUGUGUACCUUACAGGUGGAUUUAAAAAACCCCGCGAAUUAACUUGGGUUACAGGUGUAGUUUUGGCUGUAUUGACGGCAUCUUUUGGUGUAACUGGUUAUUCCUUACCUCGGGACCAAAUUGGUUAUUGGGCAGUAAAAAUUGUGACAGGCGUACCUGAAGCUAUUCCCGUAAUAGGAUCGCCUUUGGUAGAGUUAUUACGCGGAAGUGCUAGUGUGGGCCAAUCCACUUUGACUCGUUUUUAUAGUUUACACACUUUUGUAUUGCCUCUUCUUACUGCCGUAUUUAUGUUAAUAGCAUUUUCCAAUGAUACGUAAGCAAGGUAUUUCGGGUCCUUUAUAGAAUCAUAGAUAUUUGUAAUUGAUCAUAUAUCAUACUGGGGAGGAACGAUAGACAAUAAUAUUUCAUUGCUAGAAAUAUGGAUUAUUGAAAAAAUAAGACAUGUUAUUUGGAUACUUUUCUUCAACUUCGAGGUAUUGUAUUCCUUAUUUGAUACGAAUAGUUGAAGUGAAUUUUCCGAAGAGAGGAUGGAUUAUGGGAGU